AUGACGAUUAUGGAAUGUGCUGGUUGUACACUAAUUGCAUAUGGUGUACCAUUUUCCAUGUUUGUAUUUACAAUUGCACAUCAUCCAUUUCGUGUUAUUAUUUCUAUGACAAGUGCAUUUUUUUGGCUUUUAUCAUUACUUUUAUCAUCAUUUCUUUGGUUUGCUGUUGUACCAUUACGUACUCAACUUGCUUUUGCAGUUCCAUUUGCUGUAAUAUUUCAAGAAAUAUUUCGAUUUUUAUUUUAUCGUCUUAUUAAAAAAGCGGAAUUUGCUUUACAAAGAGUUCAAAUGCAAGAAUUAACAGACAAAGGAAUGGUAUUUGAUCGAUUUGCAGUGGCUUAUGCUUCAGGAUAUGGGUUUGGUUUAAUUAGUGGAACAUUUGCUAUUGUUAAUGUACUUAGUGAUAUGACUGGUCCUGGUACACUUGGCAUUUUUGGACAUUCACAAGAUUUUUUUAUUGCUACAGCAUUUCUCACAUUAUGUGUCAUUCUUUUAAAUACAUUUUGGGGUGUUAUUUUCUUUACAUCCCUUGAUAAAGGUGGUAUUCAUAGAUUUAUUGGUCCUGGAACUGUUGUUCUUACACAUAUGCUUUUUUCUUGUAUUACAUUAGUCAAUCGAACAUUAACACCAAUGUAUACCAUAUCACUUAUUGUUGGUUAUGCCAUUUUACUUGGCAUGAUAAUAUAUACAGUAGUUUUACGUGGAUUUAAUCUAAAUAAUAUUCGUCAAAGAAUAAAUUGA